AUGAAGCGCCUUCUGGCGCCGGCUCUUGUGGCCUCGGUGGCGCAACAAAGCCAAGCUAGUGUUCCCAGCUGUGCCAUUGUCGGUCAAGGGUACGAUGACCCUGUGGUCACCUCGGUAAAUGGCGGCACUGGAGUGCUGGACGCAAGCGUCUGUCAAGAGAAGUGCGCGCAGCACUUGAACUGCUCUGUCUUCACCUACUACUUGCAGGGCGGAGGCUGUUGGCUCCAGGGCUCCGGCCUGCAGCCCAAGGCGAUCCCCAACGCCGUGGCUGGGCCGAGGUCCUGUGAUGCGAGCUCCAUCCCGAGACCGAGCCCGGCGAGGCCGAAAGUCGCGAGCCCGAAACCCACGGCAGCUCCGGCGGCGCCUUCGGCCGUAGCGGCAGAGGUCCUGACGACGACGCUGAUGCCGGCCCGGUUCAUCAAGGCUGGGAACGACCUCUACUUCGCCGAGGGCUCGAAUCCACGCAGGAAGCACUUGGUGCGCUUCGCCUGCUUCGGCUGCGAGGACGCCUGCAGCAACUUCGUCUCCGUGUCGCCGGACUACGCCGCAGCUUUGAGCCAAGACAUCGACUUCACCUGCUCGAUGCUGGCCCCCGUCACGCAUUUUUAG